AUGUGCUCCCGCCAGGACAAAGACCAGUGCCACCAGCAAGAACCAUCCUCAUGCCACAGCAGUGAAGGGUGCCAUGGGAGCAGCGGUGGAUUUGGAUGCCACAGGAGCAGUGGUGGCAGUGGUGGAUCUGGAUGUCAUGGGAGCAGUGGCGGAUUUGGAUGCCACAGGAGUACUGGUGGAUCUGGAUGUCAUGGAAGCAGUGGUGGAUUUGGAUGCCACAGGAGUACUGGUGGAUCUGGAUGCCAUGGAAGCAGUGGUGGAUCUGGAUGCCAUGGAAGCAGUGGUGGAUCUGGAUGCCAUGGGAGCACUGGAGGAACCUGCCAUGGAAAACCACAGGAUUGCCAGCAGCAAAUUUAUCAAGUAUCCUCAAAGAUGAAGUGA